UUGGUCCUCUCUUCUCCUCUCAUCUCAUCGCCGGCUGCAGCCUCCCCGCCCCCUUCUGUCUCUCUCUCUCUCUCAGAGAGCAGAGGAUGAAUCUGCUCGGUGAGCAGCGCGUUGGUUCCUAACUGAUGCAGCUGCUGCUAGUAGGAGGACGAGUUGGACCGACGGAGACACGGUAGAAACAGCACCGAAAUGACAGAUGAUAAGGAGUGAUACGCUGUUAUUAUCCAAAAUGCUCAGCCGGCAGAUGUCCUCUCUGGUUGUUACCGAAGACAAAAAGGCAGCGCGGUGUGAAAAUACUGACCCUUCACGUCCUCAUCGCCGGUGCAUUUCAGGUUGAUGAGGCUCUGUCUACUACGCUAACAGCAGCUGACAGGAAGUCUUAAGGACGCCUUCAAGCUGAAAGUUAAUUAUCUCAUUCGCCCGCGGCGGGUAUCUCAGGAUCUGACGAGAUGCUAUGAAGAGCCUAUAUUGCCUUGGACGAGAGCCAGCUGUGUCAGAUUCUUCAUUCACUGUGGAGGCAUGCGAGAAGAACAAAGUUUUCUUCAAGAAUUCAAGACAACACGGGAUGCUGUCACGGAGAGCUGAAAGCGUUCGUGCGAGCUGCGAUGGGACACGGUGAGGCCGCGGACGGGAUAAGAAAUCUCCGCGGUGCUCCUUCUCAAUCACACUAGACGGUAGAGAAGUCCCUUAUCUAAGAUUAAUGUCAGCUGCGUUGCGGAGGCAGCCUCACGCUGCGCCGCCAGAUCUGAGACAACCCAUGGAGGCGUGGCCUCGACGUUUCCAGCACUGCUGCCACUAACAGCCGAGUGAACAGCGAUGCCUUCUAAGGUCUCCUGCUUAUACUUGCUGACAGUGGUGUGCUGGGCCAGCGCUCUGUGGUACCUGAGUGUGUCCCGCCCCUCCACGUCCUACGUGGGCCAGAUGACCAUCCCCGUGCGCAAACCGCCCAAGGCGAGCAAGAACGACACCUUCAGCAACAUCCGCACGCGCUCGCUCAACCCGCACGACUUCGGCUACCUCAUCAACGAGGCCAAGAAGUGCGAGGCGGAGCCCCCGUUCCUCGUCAUCCUGAUCAGCACCACCCACAAGGAGUUCGACGCCCGCCAGGCCAUCAGGGAGACAUGGGGUGACGAGAGCACGUUCCCGGAGGUUCGCGUGGUCACGCUCUUCUUGCUGGGCCGCAGCACCGAUCUCGUCCUCAACCAGAUGGUGGAGCAGGAGAGUCAGAUCUUUCAUGACAUCGUCGUGGAGGAUUUUAUCGACUCGUACCACAACCUGACGCUGAAGACGCUGAUGGGCAUGCGCUGGGUGGCCACGUUUUGCACCAAGGCUCAGUAUGUCCUCAAGACGGACAGUGACAUCUUCGUCAACAUGGAGAACCUCAUCUACAACCUCCUGAAGCCCACCACCAAGCCCCGGAGGAGGUACUUCACCGGCUACGUCAUCAACGGCGGGCCAAUCAGAGACAUGCGCAGCAAGUGGUACAUGCCCAGGGAUCUGUACCCUGACAGCAAGUACCCGCCGUUCUGCUCCGGCACCGGCUACGUCUUCUCGGCGGACGUGGCCGAGCUCAUAUACAAGACGUCUUUGCACACCAGGCUGCUGCACCUGGAGGACGUGUACGUCGGCGUGUGCCUCCGUAAGCUGGGCAUCCACCCGUUCCAGAACAGUGGCUUCAACCACUGGAAGAUGGCCUACAGCCUCUGUCGCUACCGCCGGGUGGUCACCGUCCACCAGAUCUCCCCCGAGGAGAUGCACCGCAUCUGGAACGACAUGACCAGCAAGAAACACCUGAAAUGUUAGCAGGACUGUUAGCACUCACGCCAGUGGGAGGGUCUCCAUCAUUGGCGAAUACUGUACAGCACGUAGCACCGAGCUGAAGGAUCGACGAAGGCUUUGUCCAGGCGCUGAUUGCUUUGCCAGGAGUCUCCGUAGUGCGAGGCCAAAGCAAACUCUUCAGUGUUCGAUGUCCUUUCUCACUUCAAGGUGUUCAUGAGAGCUCAGACUCACAAAACAGGCACAACGUUGGAAACCCAUUUUCCAGAAACAAAAAAACGUGCAAAAUGUUCAGGUGGUUGGUUGUCAUUGCCAGCAGCACUAUGAUUUUUAUUACAGACCCCUUUUCUAUUGCUAAACAUGAUGACUUAUUUUGUGGACGGAGCAUUAAAUGGAGGCAGAAACAUUCUCUGGUAGCUAACGCUGGCCAGCAAGUUUUGAUAGUGACGUUUAGUAGUCUCAUAGCCAACGGUGGCCAACGGCAGCGUUGUAAAGAUAAAUUAAUCUUUGGACGCCUAUAGUUAACUAUCCUUCAGUGAAGUCAGUCAAAAAGAGUCGUACAAUAUCGGCGAAGCGUUUCCGAGAUCGAGAGAAAGGGUUGCUAAUGUUAAAGCCGCAGCCGGUUAGCAGAAGGAUAAAUAUGAGCAACAUUAACUCUCCAUCUCUGAAACAUUUAUAUUGUAAUUCGCUAGAUUCUGGCACCCAACAACACAGCAAGAUGACAUUUUAGAUGUGUAACUUUAACUGCUAGUGUUAGCCUCCAGUCUUUCCUUUGUUUUGCCUCCGGCUAACACCGUAACAUCAUCAUGACGUCGACACAAAAAGGGCCUAUAUAUACGAGACACAAACCGUCCCCCGAUUACCAAACUGAUGACAUAAAAUGCCAACACAGUUCUUCGGACCCAGAUAUUCGCCUCUUGGGUUGAUCACUCUAAUCAUGAAUGUUCCUCAUGUAUUUUCAGUUGUUGUACUUUCUGAACAAAGGUGUUAAUGUUGGAUGUACUGUCUGGCGCUGCGGCAGCUGUCGUCGUGAGGACCAUGGUGAGUUUACAGUGUGAUGACUCAUUUACAAAACGUGAAUCAUGUUGCUCUUGGAAAGCAGUGGAGUAUUAAUGACUGGGACCUGUUUGCCUCUGUAAUAUCCUUUUCAGAAUCAGACAUAUUUUCUUACAACAGAGCCACAGAUCUGAUUCGUGGAGAUAUCGGCGGCUCGCAUUCCCAAGUGAAUGUUACUUCUGUUAAUGUGUGAUGUGCAGUUAUUUGUCCCAGGCAGUCGGGCUGCAGACUAUUACAUUUUCUAUUACUUGAACAUGAAGGAGGACAGAUGUACGGUAAGAGCAGCGAAGACAAAUACAACACUUUUGAGUGCUUUUCUUCUUUUCAAUUACUUGAGAUCAAAUAAAGCGCUUUUAUAAGA